AUGGCACCCUACGUGUCGCACGACAAUCCUACAGGUCUUUAUCGGACAACUUUCAACGUUCCCAUGGAAAAUCUGCAGGGCCGACGUGUCCACCUCGUCUUCCAUGCCGUUGGCUCUGCGGUGAUGGUGUGGGUGGAUGGCCAGUAUGUUGGAUAUUCACAGGAUUCCAUGACUGCUGCCGAGUUUGACAUUACGGAUGCACUCAUCGGCAGUCAGCAGGCGGCUGACAAGCGAGGAACUUCAGCUACAGCUGCUCUUUUGUCAGAGCAGCACUUGCCGGACCGCACUGAGCAUGUACUUGUGGCCAUGGUGCCAAGCUGGUGCGAUGGAUCGUACUUGGAGGAUCAGGAUCAAUGGUGGCUUUUUGGGAUCCAUCGUGAAGUUGAGUUGCAUUUCGUACCCGAAGCCUGUCGAAUUGCAGAUUAUCAGACUCGAACAUUCUUCAACGAGGAUGACGAUGGAAUUCUGCAUGUUCAAUGCCAGCUUACCGGGACAGCCGCCAGCAACAAGGUGCUAAAGGUCACUUUGUAUGGAGAAGGGUCUGAGAUCCUGGCGGCAGCACGCGCCACUGCACCUACCAAAACUGGCUCGACGGAUGACGGGCCCGGUUGGUGUGUGGAAGCAGAACUACGCGUUCCGGGAGUGCGAAAGUGGAGCGCGGAGGAUCCCUUCCUAUACACGCUGCAGCUGGAGCUCACGGAGGCCUCUGACACUUCGAUCCAGGCUGAGCGUUUGCGCAUUGGUUUCCGCACAGUUGCCAUCGUGGAUGGACAGCUCUGUGUGAACGACCGCCCGAUCGUGGUAGCAGGUGCGAAUGUGCACGAGAUGCACCCGACGAGAGGGAAGGCGAUCACCACUGACGACAUGCUCAAAGACAUAGAAAUGUUGAAGCGAGGCAACUUCAAUGCCGUUCGGAACAGUCACUACCCGCAUCAUCCCAGAUGGUACGAGCUCUGCGACGAGCAUGGGCUUUACGUGGUUGACGAAGCCAAUAUUGAAACACACGGCUUCGUCGAGAACUUGGCGAUUUCACUUCUUGCUUGUGACCAGGCCUGGAGACAGCAGUUCCUGCAUCGAUUUUUCAACAUGUUCCAGCGCGCGAAGAAUCAUACCUGUGUCAUCGUCUGGUCACUCGGAAACGAGAGCGGUUGGGGGCCGAAUUUCGCCGUGGGCGUCGAGUCCUUGCAUCGAUGGGAUCCCCAGCAACGUCCGGUCCAAUACGAGGGGGCAACUUGUGGCAGUGAUGCUGUUAUAUUCUUCGGAGAUGGACAAGGUGCAUCAAGUGACAUCAUCUGCCCCAUGUAUUGGUCACCACCAAUGAUCCUGCCUCCGGCAGCCAGCAGAGCUCGGCCUGUCAUACUUUGCGAGUACAGUCAUGCCCUUGGCAACUCGAACGGAUCCCUGCACUCCUACUGGGAGCUGUUUUGGUCGUCGGCACCUGAGCAUCGAAGCAUACAGGGAGGAUUUGUAUGGGAAUGGGCUGAUGGAGCGGUGAAGGUGCACAAGGCUCAAAUCCUGGACCCGAAUGUGAAGGGGAAGCACCAGCGCGAAGCCUGGCUUGAAGGUGAAUAUGCCUACGGUGGAGACUUCGGAAAGGAGAGUGGGCGACAAGAUCGUAACUUCAUUGUGGAUGGGAUCCUCUUCCCCGACCGCACACCGCAUCCAGCUUACCAGGACUUCAAAAGGCUGCAGCAACCUGUCGAGUUCCAGCUCAAAUCGCAAGAGGGCUGCUCCGAAGGUCUGCUUGUCCGGGUGAAUGUCAAGAAUCGGUACACCUUCCGAGAUCUUGGGCAUUUGUCCUUUUCUGCGCUUGCUUAUGAUGCGCUUGGAGAGAAGUGCCCGUGCACAAUCCGCGGGGAUGCGGACAUGCGAGGCAUAAGUCCAGGAGAAUCGCGGGAGCUUGAAGUUGUGAUGAAGACGGCAAGCCCUGAACUUCAGCAAUGUGGUCAGUGGCUGCUUCUACAGGCCUGCCAAACGGACGGAUCACAACUGAUACCUGAGAAGUUCGUAAUCGCUGACGUUUGCUUCACAGUGGCUGCACCCAAGUCGGAAACCAGCAAGCAGCCCGCUGGUGGCAUGCUUUGUUCAGGUUCGCUGCCCCCGCUUUUGCACAUGCCUGCAGCGGGUCCAGCAACCUUGGAGAGAAGUGGAGACAAGUCCGUGAUCAAAUCAGCUACAUACACGGCAAGAUUCCAAGGGGGCACUCUGACAUCCUUGUGUGGCACUGACGGGUUGGAGUUGCUCGCUAAGCCCGGCUUGCAGCACCACUUCACGCGUGCAACGACAGACAAUGAUCGCUGCGGCACGGACUUCUUCGUUCCCUGGCUCAUCAAGGUACCACUCGUCAGGCACUUCUUGGAUUGCUACGGUUUCUUGUCUCUCGCGGCAUCGUGGAAAAUCGUCGGGCUGGAUCGGCUAACCGCAUCUGUGACCGCAUGUGAGUGGAGCAGUUCCGCCGAAGGUCCCAAGCUUCGCGUGCGGGAAAAUUUCAGUGCAAAUGGCCAGCUCCUUCUGGAAACAUGCUUCGAGUAUGUGUUCGAGGCGCAUCGAGUGGUGGUGUCAGUGACUGUGACACCAAUCGGACCCCUAACUGGUUUGGCGACUCUUCCCCGAGUUGGGGUAGGGCUUGCUCUUUCAGCAAAGCUCUCAACCAUGACUUGGCUGGGAUGUGGCCCGGGAGAGAGCUAUCCGGACCGCAAAGUCGCUUCGGAUUGGGCAGUUCAUAAAGGCGAUGUCGACGCUCAGCACGUGGACUACAUUGUCCCCAGUGAGAACGGAGGAAAGGCGGAUGUCCACUGGGCAGCCUUCACUGAUCGUUCAUUUGGCCAUGGCUUGAUGUUGACCUAUUCCUGUGGCGAUGGGGAAGCACAGCAGGACAAACCCGAAGACGCUGCAUCCGAGAAGCGUCCUGCUUGCACACGUGGGGCACAACUGUCCGCGUCGCGGUGGACGCAGGAAGAGCUAGAGCGAAAUUCCCACCGACACAAACUGCCAGCGAGGCAGGCUUUGAGCUCAAGGCCAGUGAACGUGCACUUGGACACAGCUCAUGCCGGAGUGGGCGGAGUGGGUGAAGGGGGCUCCAGACUUUGGGCCACCGCCAAUCAGUUUCUUGUGAGCCCCGGGCAUGGGUCGUGGACUUAUUCGUUCACACUCAAGCCAAUCGUUUCUGACUCAUGGUUGCGCAGCGAGACCUGCUAA